AACUACAGAGGGGAGUGGUGAAGUGUUUAUAUUUCUCUGAAGUUACCAUCACUCAUAAAUUUAUUCACUCUCUUCUUCAAACUUGUCUGGCAGUUGUGAAUCAUCAUGGCGAAACGUGUUGCUGUGAUUGGUGGAGGAACCUCUGGGCUGACCUGCAUCAAAUGCUGCCUGGAUGAAGGCCUGGAGCCAGUGUGUUUUGAGACCAGUGAUGACAUUGGAGGUCUUUGGAGGUUUAAGGAAAAUCCAGAACCUGAUCGUGCUAGCAUUUACCACUCUUUGAUUAUCAACACUUCAAAGGAGAUGAUGUGCUACAGUGAUUUCCCCAUCCCUGCCCACUUCCCAAACUACAUGCACAACUCCCUGAUCAUGGACUACUUCCGAAUGUAUGCUGAGCACUUCCAGCUCAAACGGCACAUCCGUUUCCAGACAAAAGUCCUUCAUGUUACACCAAGGCCUGACUUCCCUCACUCUGGACAGUGGGAUGUAGAGAUAGAGUCCAAGGAUGGUCAGAGAGAGAAGCAGGUGUUUGAUGCUGUGAUGGUCUGCACCGGUCACCACUGUCACCCUCACCUCCCUCUAAAGGACUUUCCAGGAAUAGACACAUUUAAAGGGAAAUACUUCCACAGCCGUGACUACAAAAACCCUGAAGAAUGGCGAGGGAAGAGGGUAGUUGUGAUUGGCAUUGGGAACUCUGGAGGAGAUAUUGCUGUAGAGCUGAGCAGAAUGGCCAAACAGGUUUAUCUGAGCACCCGAAAGGGUUCUUGGAUAUUAAAUCGUGUAGGAGACAAAGGUGUUCCUUUCGAUAUGAUGUUUAAUAACAGAGCAGUAAUGUGGUUUCUUGGAUUGUUGCCUGUUGGAUAUCGUAACAAAUUGGGUCAAAAUCGACUCAAUGAACGGUUCGACCACAAGCUCUAUGGGCUUCAGCCUGCACACAGAAUUUUCAGCCAACAUCCCAUGGUCAAUGAUGAUUUACCAAACCGGAUCCUCUCCGGUACCGUCUCAGUCAAGCCGAAUGUACAAGAGUUUCGUGGAUCAAGUGUGGUUUUUGAGGAUGGCACAGUUGAGGAUGACAUUGAUCUGGUGGUGUUUGCCACAGGCUACACUUUCUCAUUCCCCUUCCUGUCCUCACAUGUAAUUCCUGUCUCAAAGAACAAGGUAUCCCUGUACAAAUUUGUGUAUCCCCCAGCACUAGAGCACCCAACUUUAGCCGUGAUUGGUCUGAUCCAGCCUCUGGGAGCCAUUAUGCCCAUCUCUGAGAUGCAAGCGCGCUGGGCCACACGUGUUUUUAAAGGACUGUGCAAACUGCCUUCAAUGAGUGCAAUGAUGAAGGACAUUAAAGCAAAAGAGGAAGCAAUGGCUCAAAGGUAUGUGGCCGCCCAGAGACACACCAUCCAGGUGGACUACAUCCCCUACAUGGAUGAGUUGGCUAAACAAGUGGGUGUCCGUCCUUCUAUCCUGAAGCUGCUCCUGACAGACCCCAGACUGGCUCUGAAUAUCAUCUUUGGGCCCUGCACCCCAUACCAGUUUCGCUUACACGGACCGGGCCAAUGGGAAGGUGCGCGUCAGGCCAUCCUGACUCAGUGGGAUCGAGUCACCGAGCCUCUGAAAACACGCUGUGCACCGGAGCCGCAGUCACAGCGCUCCUCUCAUUCACUCAUAUUCUCAGUGUCAGUUGCAGCGCUGCUGUCUGCUCUGUAUUACAGCAGGGCCAGUCUGCACAUGCUCAUAGCAGACCCUUCAUCACUCCUGGACAAGAUCAGGGCUCUUCUACCAUUGAACACACAGUGAUCAUGAAAUAUACAUCAGAAAAUUAACAUACUUUAUUUGAGAUCUAAUAUCAUAACAAGUGUGCUUCAAUUAGGGUAAAGUGUAACUGUGAGAAAAAGUAGUAUGUGAGAUUCUUACAUUCUGUGAAUAAACUUGCAGCUAUCAUUGCAAAUUAAAAAAUGUAACAAAUGUAAGUUUAAUAAAUAUAUUUGUUGCAAUUCUUAGUUGAUAAAAGCAAGGUAUAAAUUUACUUUUUCAGCACUACAAGCUAUUUUAACCAUUGAGCAUACUCAAUUUUAUCCAGUUAAUAUCAAAAUGUUACUGUAUUAUUAUGAACAAAUGGCCCUGUGAGUUGUAGUAUUGAUAAGGAAAAUAAAUCAAUAAAAAAUAACAGUGAAUCUUUG